GCUCAGCCUGGCCGCCUCGGCCCGGGGGCGGGGGGCUUCGGCGGUCCUGCUGGAGCUCUCUUUUCCGCGAGACAGGUUUGCGCCGUCGCUCCCUGGAGACGUCAUGAAGUCCCCGGUUUCGGACUUGGCCCCGAGCGACGGCGAGGAGGGCUCGGACCGCACACCGCUCCUGCAGCGCUCCCCGCAGGCGGAAACCGCUCCAGCGUGCUGCUCUGCUCGUUACAACCUAGCAUUUUUAUCCUUUUUUGGUUUCUUCGUUCUCUAUUCAUUACGGGUGAAUCUGAGUGUUGCACUAGUGGACAUGGUGGACUCAAACACAACUGCCAAAGAUAACAGAACGUCCUACGAGUGUGCAGAGCAUUCUGCUCCCAUAAAAGUUCUUCACAACCAAACGGGUAAAAAGUACCAGUGGGAUGCAGAAACUCAAGGAUGGAUUCUUGGGUCUUUUUUCUAUGGCUACAUCAUCACACAAAUUCCUGGAGGAUAUGUUGCCAGCAAAAGUGGGGGGAAGCUGCUGCUAGGAUUCGGGAUCCUUGGCACUGCUGUCUUCACCCUUUUCACUCCCCUCGCUGCAGAUUUCGGAGUCGGAGCCCUCGUUGCCCUCAGGGCACUAGAAGGGCUAGGAGAGGGUGUCACAUUUCCAGCCAUGCAUGCGAUGUGGUCUUCGUGGGCUCCCCCUCUUGAAAGAAGCAAGCUUCUGAGUAUUUCAUAUGCAGGAGCACAGCUUGGGACAGUGGUUUCUCUCCCUCUCUCUGGAAUAAUUUGCUACUAUAUGGAUUGGACUUAUGUCUUCUAUUUCUUUGGCAUUGUUGGAAUCAUUUGGUUUAUUUUAUGGAUCUGCUUAGUUAGUGAUACACCAGAAAAUCACAAGACAAUCUCCCCCUAUGAAAAGGAGUAUAUUCUUUCAUCAUUAAAAAAUCAGCUCUCUUCACAGAAGUCAGUGCCAUGGAUACCCAUGCUGAAAUCACUGCCACUUUGGUCUAUUGUAGUUGCACAUUUUUCUUACAACUGGACUUUUUAUACUUUAUUGACCUUAUUGCCUACUUACAUGAAGGAAGUCCUAAGGUUCAACAUUCAAGAGAAUGGGUUUUUAUCUGCAGUCCCUUAUUUAGGCUGUUGGUUAUGUAUGAUCCUAUCUGGUCAAGCUGCUGACAAUUUAAGGGCAAGAUGGAAUUUUUCAACUCUAUGGGUUCGAAGAGUUUUUAGCCUUAUAGGGAUGAUUGGACCUGCGGUAUUCCUGGUUGCCGCAGGAUUUAUAGGCUGCGAUUAUUCCUUGGCUGUUGCAUUCCUAACCAUAUCAACAACACUGGGAGGCUUUUGCUCUUCUGGAUUUAGCAUCAACCAUCUGGACAUUGCUCCUUCGUAUGCUGGUAUUCUCCUGGGCAUCACAAAUACCUUUGCCACUAUUCCUGGAAUGAUUGGGCCCAUCAUUGCUAGAAGUCUGACUCCUGAGAACACUAUUGGAGAAUGGAAAACUGUUUUCUGCAUUGCUGCUGCUAUCAAUGUAUUUGGUGCCAUUUUCUUCACACUAUUCGCCAAAGGUGAAGUGCAAAACUGGGCUGUCAGUGAUCACCGAGGACACAGGAACUGAAGGAACCAAUAAAUAAUCCUGUCUCUACUAAUGUAUCUUUGUUUAUCAUGUAACCUAAAAGUGCCUUUGAUAUUUUAAUGUGUAAGCAAUCUAUAUACAAGAAAAAAAUUGUACUGUAUUAGAAUUUAAGGCUUGUAAUCAUGAAAUGUCACUAGUUGCCAGAUAAGCAAAAUUAGCUAUUUUUAAUUAUUAUUAACCCGUUUGCUGGAACUUAUAAUUCAGGGUCACAUACCUGGCUGCAAGUCAGGCAACCCGCAAUAGGGGAGUUCUAUUUAUUUAUAAGACCAUACCUAAAAAGAUGAGCUGAAAUAGACACGUCUGUACCUUUGCUUAAUUAAAGUGGAUAAUAAUGCUCAGGUCUUGUUAAACAUCUGUUUUUGUACACUUUCCUCAAAAAAUUAUUUGUCAUCAAGAAUCCCUGACUGACUGAGAUCUCUAACUUGAGCCUCUCCACAGAGCUGGCAGCCACUGGAUCAUUCAGCCUGGCAACUUCACUGAGGGAAGCAUGCCCAGGCAGCUGCCACACAUCCCCUCUCUGGCUUCAGGGACAGUGCCCAGCACUUAGGCAGCAUCCAAGACCAGGGUCAGCGCCAAGGCUUUGGAUGGUAUUCUUCCCCUGGGGCUGUUAAUGUGUGGAUGAAACCCUGAGCCAACAGGGACAGCAUGAUCUACAGUCAUGGUUUCCAUGCACCCUCUCCCUUCCCUUCCCAGCACACUGGAGUACUGCCUGGCAUGUAAUCUGCAAAAGAAAGUGUGAUGCCCAAUUAGCCACGUAUAACAUCAUCCUUGAUGAUCCUACCUUCACGUGGAUCAGAGUAUAAAUCUUCAAGUACUGUGUUCUAGGAGCUAUACCAGAAUAAUUAAAAUAUAAAAAGAAGAAAAACAUUUUCACUUUUUUUUUCCUGUCUGUCUUACACCUAAGUGUCUGGUUGCAGUUCAAGGUUAAAGUGAUUUCUACUUCCAUAUCACCUGCAACCAGUGGUGUAAUCAUCUUUAGUGCUGGUUUCUGAAAUUUUAUUUUUCUAGUUUUUCCUGGACCAUCCUCCAGUGGUUUUGAGCAUGCUUUGAGGGUAUUUAUGUGAUUUAGAACUUGAUUUAUGUUUCGUUGUGUAUGUUCAACACUACCUGUAACAUUUUAACUAAAGCUAUUUAAUGUAAUAUGAUGUGUAUACAUUCUGUAAAUUAAUGUUUAAAUCUGUAAAUAGCUUUAAGAUGCUAUGGUGAUAUUUCUUUUAUAAAUCAUCAAAAUAAACCUUUUUGGAAUGA